AUUCAAGCAUACAACCGACAAAUAUCUAGAAACUAUUCCCUUCCUAUAAAUGGUGUGUAAGGCCACUUAGGGAUCUUCAUUCUAUCUUGCUUUCAGUUCCUCAAUCUUUAUCUUCAAUUACUACCAUUUAGUUGGAGCUCUAGUUCAUCAAUUUCCACUAUGGAAUUUCGUCAUUUAUCCAUCUUUAUCGUACUCAAUCUUGCACUUGUAGCAACCCAUGCUGCCUUACCCCCUGAAGUGUACUGGAAGUCCAAACUUCCCACAACUCAAAUGCCAAAAGCCAUCACAGAUCUCCUUCAUCUUGAUUGGACCGAAGAGAAAAGCACAUCAGUAGCUGUAGGAAAAGGAGGUGUGAAUGUUGAUUCAGGAAAAACAAAACCAGGAGGAACCUCAGUAAAUGUUGGAAAAGGUGGAGUCCAUGUUGAUGCAGGAAAAACAAAGCCAGGUGGAACAGCAGUCAAUGUUGGCAAAGGUGGAGUUCAUGUAAAUGCAGGUAAAGGAAAACCAGGUGGUGGAACAAGAGUUAAUGUUGGCAAAGGUGGUGUAAAUGUUCAUGCAGGAAAAGGAAGAGGAAAACCAGUACAUGUUUCAGUUGGAAACAAAUCUCCAUUUUUGUACAAUUAUGCUGCAAGUGAAACACAGUUACAUGAUAAACCAAAUGUAGCACUUUUCUUCUUAGAAAAGGAUUUGCAUCAAGGAACAAAGUUGAACUUGCAAUUCACAAAAACCAAUUCAAAUGAUGAUGCAAAAUUCUUGCCUAAAGAAGUUGCUAAUUCAAUACCUUUUUCUUCAAGCAAAGUUGAAAACAUCCUUAACUUGUUCUCCAUCAAGGAAGGAACAGAAGAAUCUGAAAUUGUGAAGAACACAAUAAGUGAGUGUGAAGAAAAUGGCAUCAAAGGAGAGGAAAAGCUUUGUGUAACAUCAUUGGAAUCUAUGGUUGAUUUCACUACUUCGAAACUUGGAAACAAUGUCGAAGCUGUUUCAACAGAAGUGAAAAAAGAAAGCAGUGACUUGCAAGAAUAUGUAAUGGCAAAAGGUGUGAAGAAAUUGGGAGAAAAGAAUAAAGCUGUAGUGUGUCACAAAGAGAGUUACCCUUAUGCAGUUUUUUACUGUCAUAAAACUGAUUCAACUAAAGUUUACUCUGUGCCUUUGGAAGGUGUUGAUGGAAGUAGAGUUAAAGCUGUUGCUGUGUGUCACACUGAUACUUCACAAUGGAAUCCUAAACAUUUGGCUUUUCAAGUGCUCAAUGUUCAACCUGGAACUGUUCCAGUUUGUCACUUCCUUCCUCAGGAUCAUGUUGUUUGGGUUUCCAAGUAAUCAAAAACUUUUCAAUUUCAUCCAUAGGAUUAUCCUUAAAUAAUAAACACUAUAUAUAGCAGCUACACUUUAAAUAUGUUAUAUGGUUACAAAGUUUGGGUAUUAUUUAUGUGUGACUGUAGCUUGCUUGUGCUUGUUAUACAUAGCACUGUGUAUGUUCUAAAUGAAAUACAAAUAUGCAAUAGAGUUGCUUUAAUUUGAUGAAAA